AUGCCGCGGAAAUUUCCUGAAGUCCAGGGAGGAGGCUCUCUCAUUGUUGCCUGGCAGGUGAAAGACAAACAUGUCUUGGUUGUAGGAGGUGGGGAGGUAGCCGCCGGUCGCAUCCUCCAUGCCCUUAACGCCGAUGCCAAAGUAACGGUUGUCUGUCCUGCCUCUGGUCUCAACGAUGAAGUAGCAUUUCGGGUCUCCGAGGGCCAAGUAUCUCACAUCGAUCGGAACUUCGAGCCAACAGACCUUGAAGGAGCAGAUAUGGUUCUCUGUGCCAUUGACGACCCAGACGCCUCGACCCGUGUAUGGAAACUGUGUAAAGAGAAGAGAAUACCCGCAAACAUCGCCGAUGUACCUCCUGAAUGUGACUUCUACUUCGGUAGUGUGCAUCGGGAUGGCCCGUUACAGGUGAUGGUCAGCACGAAUGGAAAUGGCCCCAAGCUUGCGAGUAUGGUACGAAAGAAAAUCGCCGACACUCUCCCCGACAAUAUGGGCGCCGCAAUAGAAAAUGUGGGAAAAUUGCGGAGAAAGCUAAGGGAGGUAGCUCCCAAGGUAGAGGAAGGUCCAAAAAGGAUGAAAUGGAUGUCUGGAGUCUGUGAAUCCUGGGGCCUGGGCGAACUUGUACAGAUGAAUGACCAGGAUAUGGACAGCCUCCUAGCCCAUUACGAGUCCGGCAAGAUCCCCACAUUCGAUGAAGUCCGGUCUAACUGA